GGAGAGAAAAAACAUUGCCUUUAGUGAGGGAAGAGAAAGGAACAGGGGAAGGAGAAAGAGAAGGAACGCUUGGACAGAGACAAGAAGAGACUGAGAAGACUGGCCAAACAGGACACUACUGAAUUCCAUUCAACAUGGAAAAUAAGUUUAUUCAGCGCGCACAAAGUAACCAGGCCUGCAAAGCCCAUUACGCCCCUUCAUAAGAUGGAGCUGCCAUCUCGACCAAAUCUUUUUGACUUCCAUGGAGUCUCCAUGAUCCACCAUUUCACUGACAACUGGGAGAACAUACGAAACUUCCAGGCCAGGCCAGAUGAUAUCCUCAUUGCCACUUACCCCAAAGCAGGAACCGAGCUGGCAGACAAGUUAUCCACCUCUCCUCGCCUCAUCAAGACUCACCUCCCAGUCCAGUUGGUGCCCAACUCCUUCUGGGAGCAGAACUGUAGGAUAGUGUAUGUGGCCCGUAAUGCCAAGGACAAUGCAGUGUCUUAUUUCCACUUUGACCGUAUGAACCAGGCACAGCCAGAGCCAGGAGACUGGAACAACUUCUUACAGAGAUUCAUGGAUGGAAAGAUGGUGUUUGGUUCCUGGUACGACCAUGUAACUGGCUGGUGGGAGAGGAAACAGACUCACUCAAAACUCCACUACGUUUUCUAUGAGGAUAUGGUUGAGGAUAUGAGGAGAGAGCUGGACAGGCUGUGCUCCUUCCUAGGUUUGUCUCCUUCAGCAGAGGAGAAGGAGAGGGUGAGAGAAGGGGUGCAGUUUGAUAAUAUGAAGAAGAACAGCAUGGCCAACUAUUCCACCCUCCCAAUCAUGGAUAUCAAGAUCUCUCCAUUCAUGCGAAAAGGUAGACCUUUCUAUUUCUCCCCAUAUGCCUUUCUCUCUGCCUCAAACUUUUCUCUGCUCACACCCUCUGUCACACUCCAGGAAAGGUUGGUGACUGGAAGAACCAUUUCACUGUUGCCCAGAGUGAACAGUUUGAUGAAGACUAUAAGAAGAUGAAGAACACCACCGUACAGUUCCGCACUGUAGUCUAGGGGUUGUGAUCAGGUUGACUGGUGCAUAUGCAUCUCGGCUCUGCUGGAGUCAUGGUGCUGAAAUGUACAAUAUGCUGAUACCAUCUCUACUGUAUAAAUAAGAGCUAAUGAUGUGUUAGUGUUAAAAGUU